AUGGAAGGCUUCCUGCAAAUCAAGUUUUUACAACAACGCGAAUUGAUAUUGAAACAAAUCGAAUAUAAAACUAACUACACCCAGAUUCUUUUUCGAAUUCAUGACGAUGCGUACAAUAGAACCGGAGAAAUGAUAGAACCUGAGCAUAAUGAAACCAAAACGGAUGCUCUCAGAGAUACUGUUCUUAAACUGGAAAAUGAACAAUUUUCAAAGAUAAAAGAAAAGGUAGCAAUUAACCUUGAAGAGCUGAAGAACCUUAAGAAAAAACUUCGGGACCUCAGAAGAAACUUUAUAUUGCUGGAUUUGCUUGCUAAAUUAGUGAGGGAACUAGCAAAUGCACCACUUCCCACACGACCUGCUUUCAAAACUAAAAAACCGCAAGAAAAUGAUGAUGUGGAAUACAGUUCCAUUGACCAACUCACCUACGAUGAAGUAUAUGGGGUCUACACGGAUUGGAUGUGGGAGGAGAAAACUGUUAGUGAAAAUCCGGAUAAUAAAGUGGAAAGGUUUAUUGUCAAAAAUGCAAGUCAUAUCGUUUCAUAUUUUUGGAAUAAAUAUCCUGCUAGUCGAAAAGAUUUCGAGGUUCUAGUCAAGGUCAUACAGGAAGAGUAUGAUGACGAUAAUCUUAAAAUGGAUUCAAAAUAUACAGCUUUGUCGACUCCUCAUUCUGCAAAUCUCGCAUCUAUAACUGAUACAUCAAAAUAA